CACCUUACCAAUGAAUACUCCGCUUCUUUGAUUUUCUGCUUCUUUAGAGUCACAGCUUCACGUGAAUGAGAGAAGAGCGCGAUUCGAUAUUCUCAUGGAUUGUCGAUGACUUUUGGUUCGAAUACAGAACCUGGCAGUUCUCGGAUCGACACAGCAUACUCAAUCGAGAAUCACCACGGUACAAGGCAGUAUCAUGAACGAUUCAGCAGCGAUGGGCACUCUUCUGAGCUAUCUCCGGCUUCUCGAAGACGGUAAUAGUCCAGCUCUUCAAUUUAUCGGAAGAUGGGCCUACAAGAUCUACGAAGAGCGACACAAAGUCGGGAUGUACUCGAUGUAUCUACAUCUUAUUCUUUCCUCAAUAUUUCCCAUAAUCACUGGUGCACACGCUUCACUGCAACAACCGCCCUCUGCUGCGAAGCCACCGAAAGUCGAGGCGGAAGAUGACGACGAACUCGAUGUCCAGCCCAUGGUUGAAGGUCUUACUCUUUCAGAUGCUAUUAUGUUUCCUGUGACAGCUGGCAUUGUUCUAGCAACAUUUUACUUGAUUAUCAAAUGGAUGGGAGAUGCAAAGCUUUUGAACACGAUUUUGACAGUCUACUUCUCAUUCGCGGGUGUAUUCGUCGUCGCAAAGUUCAUAAGUGAUGGUCUUAACCUUUUAGUAUCCUUCAUUUUCCCAAACGCUUGGUCAAAUGGGAAAAAGACCUUCUAUGUGGAUUCUGACACUUCUCGGCAACUCAUUGGUAAAUUCGAUGAAGGCAGGAUCAACAUAAGUGACGAGGUCGGACAGGACAAGACAAACCCUCUGCCGGGCCAGCUUUCCACAGUUAAAUUCUAUCCUGUAUUCACGAGAGCACUUUGGGCCAUCCGGGCAUCAUUCAAAAAGCACUGGAUUAUGCGUUGCUUCGUCCAUGGCGUAGUUGAUGUCAAAGAGAAGCUUCGCUUACAAGAUAUGAUUGGUUUUGUAACUGGUCUGGCAGCUAUCCUCAUCUACAAUACCAACGGAAAGGCCUGGUGGCUCUCGAACCUGAUGGGAUUCGGCUUCUCAUACAGUUCUUUGCUAAUGAUGUCACCAACGAAAUUCACGAUAGGAUCCGUGAUUCUCAGCGGUCUUUUCGUUUAUGAUAUUAUCAUGGUCUUCUACACACCGAUGAUGACGACGGUUGCGAAGUCCCUCGAAGUACCUAUUAAGCUCGUAAUUCCUGGUCCGAAUAAGGGAAGCAUACUUGGUCUUGGAGAUAUCUGCAUACCUGGAAUGAUGAUUGGACUCGCUUUACGUUUCGACUUGUAUCUGCAUUAUCUUCGCAAGCAGACAACAGUGUUACAGCCGCCCUCUGAAGCUAAAGCUGAGGAAGUGGUGACAGUCAUUAAGAAAGCGCCAUACCUUGAGGCUACAGGAGUCUGGGGCGACCGUUUCUGGACUCGAAAUGCUGCUGGAGGAAAACUUUCACCAGCAGAUGGUGCACGAUUUCCAAAAGUAUACUUCAAAGCUAGUCUGAUUGGUUAUGUUGUUGGAAUGAUCGUCACCUUAAUUGUGUGUCAGAUCUUCCAGCACGGCCAACCUGCUCUGUUGUACUUAGUACCAGGUGUGCUAAUGAGCUUGUGGGGAACAGCAUGGUAUAGGGGUGAAUUGAAGUUGAUGAGCGAGUACAGCGAGGACGCGAAAUGGGGCUGGGAUGAUCAGAGCCGGGGCUGCACAGAAAAAGAGAGAAAGGAAAACAGAAAAGCCAAGGCAAAAGCUAAACAGAAGGUGGACACGCAACAUGCACAUCAUGUUGCCUUAUUUUCUGUUUCGGAGCCAAAACAAAAAGCUUUCUAGUGUGGGGUUGCUUGCAUUUUGCGAGAGGGGCACAUCUUGGCGUGCAUACCGGAAUAGAAAAUAGGACGCAUAGGCAUUUUCUGUGUACAGUAUGGUUUAGAAAAUCAUCAAGACAGCAUUAUUCCAGG